AGUAUAUCAUUAUAAGCCAACGUUUAGGAGUAACAAUAAAUCGCCGCCUUUUAACAAUAGAUCUACUGAUUGAACAGAUAAAUGUAUUUAACAAGUAAGAGAAAACAAGAUCAAAUCGGCACGCUACGGCAUACACAGCUAGUGUCUUUAGGAGGAAGAAAGCCAUUUUAAAUGAAUUGUUUUCAAUGGUGAAUCUUUAGGGGAAAACAGUCACUUUUACUGCACAAUUUACAAGUUCCUUGAGUAAUUCUAUAUAAGUGGAUAGCAGACAUGGACUGCCUUCAAGUGUUCGUAGACCAUUCUUUUAUAAAAUUCCGCCGAAGGAAAGAUAUUUAUAAAAAUCUAGGAACAUGCGGAAGGUGAAAGUAUCUGUUUACAUAAACAAUGUGUUCACAGCUCUGUUGCUAGUCAGUAUAGCAAUUGCUAACCCAGUCUUUCCUAAUCAAGACUACUGUCAAGAACCAACGUCCUCAGAACUUACAAGUCUUCUUUCAGAGGACACACAUGAGUCAUUUGGUAUGGCAAGAUACCACACUGUUCAUUUUAGAAAUGAUAUAAGAUACUUCCAAAACGUCACCAGAACUACAUUUCCUGGGGAGUCAACAUCGUGUAAAAGAAACCAAGAUUCUUACUAUAUCAACACGGCAUCUAACUGCCCGUGGCGAUAUGUUUUAAACCAUGACACUAACAGGAGACCGGAAACCAUCAUUGAAGCAAAGUGUAAUUGUAGAAGAGGACCUUGCAUCGACGAAGUCGAAAACAGUCGUUGUGAAUCUGUAAAAUACAACAUACGGGUUCUCAGGAAGUAUGGUUGUGAGAACGGAAAAUACCAAUAUAAACGUACUAUGGAGAGAAUAACUGUUGGGUGUACAUGUGUGAUAGUAUAUUAGAAUCAGGGUCCUUUUUUUCCAAAAUGUCUUCCGUGAUACAAAGACCGGUAUGUUUUUACUAAGUCAACGUUUUAUUGAUAUAUUUUUUAUUUCGUAGUCAUUGUUGUUUUCAUUUAUUUGCUAUUAUUUUAAACAUGUGUUCCAUGAUGUUUGAAUGCCACUUUUUGGCUUUUGACUGGUUCAAUCGAAAUUUUAUUCCGUGUUAUAUAACUGUACUGUAAAUCAAUUUUUACUUCAUCGCUUCGAUUUUGAAUAUUAAUUGUUAUUCUCUUCGAAACGUUACAUGCACAUUAUAAUUAUAGAUAUAAGUUUUAUUAUAAAUUAAAUGUUUUUGUUCGUCCGUUCAUACAUAGUAAAUGUGUUCCGAUAUGUCUCAAUUAUUAUAUUAUUUAUUUAGAAAACGCAUCUGAUAAUGUUGUUCAACAUCUACUACAUCUUAUACAUGUUUGUUUAUAAGUGAAUAUAUUUUCACCCAAGUAAAUAUAUAUUCAUUCACAGCAUAAUAUGUUUACAUGUAAUCCUGAUAUUUUGUAUGUCCUGCGGAUACU